AUGCCGCAUAUGCUCGGAUCAGCCUAUCUACUAGGAUACCCAUGCGAGAAGUUGAUCGAGAUGUAUCAAAACGAGUCUCCUCAGCUCAAAAGCCUCAACGACGGACUGAUCCGUACAGGAAUUACAAAGGAUAACUGGAGACAAUUCCUAGGGAAAAAGAAAUACACAGCCGCAUACACCACCUUCUUCGACCAAGAACUAGCCAACACCCAAAAUGACUGGAAAGAACUCGUAAACGAGUACCUUUUCACCCCGCCCCAACCCCUAAUCAACGGCUUCAUCGGCGGCCUCGGCCACGCAUUCAUCCACCUCGCCUACGCCUACGAAUUCUCCCACCCUCAAAUCGCAACCGAAGCCCUUAGUCUCGGCUGCACAGACCGCGACCCAAUCCACCACUACCUCGACACCCCAUACCCAGACACAUCCACCUACAAAACAACCUCCGCAAAAGAAAUCCUCCACCGCGUACACACCGACAUCCGCUUCUCCAGCCUCUUCUCCGUCCCAGGCUUCAUAAACAUCGCGACUACCUUCGCACACGCAGAGCACGCCCUCCUCGAGCACUGGAAUGCGUGGGAUAUCGUCAACCCUGCAAAACAAUUCAGGGAUGUAGUCGACCUUGCGGGGCUUCUGCUCAUCGGGUCCCGGAACGGGGAGGGUGAGUAUGACUUUUUCCUAGCGCAUUUGUUGACCGUGGGGCAUGCUUUGAGGGUUCUUUUGCCUUCGUUUCCCUGGGGCUAUAGGGUGGGGGUGUUGAGGCAGUUUUGGUUGUUUGUUCUUUAUGUUUAUGUUGCGCAGUUGAGGCCUGGGGUUGGGGAUGGGGAAGAUGUGUCAGGGGUUGAGCUGCGGGGGAGGGAUUGGGGGUGGGUUUAUGGGAGGUGCUUGGAGGGGGAGUUUUGGGGUGAUGCACAUGUGGUUAAGGUUGUGAGGGCGUUUAGGAUGUUGGAGGAGUGGAAGAAUGAGAAGGAUGGAUGGUGUUUGAGGGCUGCGGUGAGUUUUUUGGAGGGAUUUCGAGGUUGGACUGGCUUUGGGAUUGGGGUGGAGAGUGUUGAGGUUGAGGAGUGA